CCUCUAAACGCCUGCACUUCAGGUCAGCGCCACCAGCUCCAGCCCGCGCCCGGGACUUUCCGCGCACGCCGCCGGCCCGCCCUUCUCCCCUCCCGUGGAGACUCCCGUGCAGCGCGGACGCCGAGAGUCCCAGGCUGGGACCAGAGCCUGGACAGCGCGCUCGAUGGCUGCGCUCGCCUGGGUGGCGGCCGCGCUGCUGCUGUUGACCGACUGGCUGCUGCUGCGGCCCGGGCUCCCUGGGAUCUUCUCCCUGCUGGUUCCGGAGCCCCUGCUCCGGGUCUGGGCCGUGGGCCUCAGUCGCUGGGCCAUCCUGGGGCUGGGAGUCCGCGGGGUCCUCGGGGUCACCACGGGAGCCCACGGAUGGAUGGCUGCUUUGCAGCCGCUGGCAGCGGCGCUGGGGUUGGCCCAGCCGGGACUUGCCUCGUUCCGAGAGCUGGCCUCCUGGGGAGCACUCCGGGAAGGUGACAGCGCUGGAGUACUGCACUGGGGCAGUCGCCUCGACGCGUUCGUUCUUAGUUAUGUGGCAGCGUUGCCCGCAGCCGCCCUGUGGCACAAGCUGGGGAGCCUCUGGGCGCCCAGCCGCCGCGGGGGCGCUGGAGACAUGGUGCGUCGGCUGCUAGGCUUCCUGGGUUCCGAGAAGCGGCGCCUCCACCUGGUUCUGGUUCUCUUGAUCCUCUCCUGUGUUGGGGAAAUGGCCAUUCCCUUCUUCACUGGCCGCAUCACUGACUGGAUUCUUCAGGAUAAGGCAGUUCCUGGCUUCACUCGCAACAUAUGGCUCAUGUCCAUUCUCACCAUAGCCAGUACAGUGCUGGAGUUUGCUGGCGACAGUAUCUACCACAUCACCAUGGGCCACAUGCACAGCCGUGCACAUGGAGAGGUGUUUCGGGCUGUCCUUCGCCAGGAGACAGGGUUUUUCCUGCAGAACCCAGCAGGUUCCAUCACAUCUCGGGUAACUGAGGACACAGCCAAGGUGUGUGAGUCUAUCAGUGACAAGCUGAACGGGCUGAUGUGGUACCUGGGGCGAGGCCUGUGUCUCCUGGCGGUCAUGUUUUGGGGGUCACUGUACCUCACUGUGGUCACCCUGCUCGCCCUGCCCCUGCUUUUCCUUCUGCCUCCGAAGCUGGGGAAAGUGUACCAGUCACUGCAAGUGAAGGUGCAGGAUUCUCUAGCAGAGGCCACGCAGGUGGCCAUCGAGGCCCUGUCUGCGAUGCCCACAGUGCGGAGCUUUGCCAAUGAGGAGGGAGAGGCCCAGAAGUUUAGGCAGAAACUGGAGGAGAUGAAGACUCUCAACAAGAAAGAGGCCUUGGCCUAUGUAGCUGAACUCUGGACCAUGAGUAUCUCAGGAAUGCUGCUGAAGGUGGGAAUCCUGUACCUCGGUGGGCAGCUGGUGACCCGAGGGGCUGUCAGCAGCGGGAACCUUGUCUCAUUUGUUCUGUAUCAGCUGCAGUUCACCAAGGCUGUUGAGGUUCUGCUCUUCUUCUAUCCCUGGAUGCAGAAGGCUGUGGGCUCUUCAGAGAAAAUAUUUGAAUACCUGGACUGGACUCCUUGCUCUUCACUCAGUGGCUUAUUGGCACCUGUAAACAUGGAAGGUCUUGUUGAGUUCCAAAACGUCUCCUUUGCCUAUCCAAACCAUCCCGAUGUCCAGGUGCUUCAGGGCCUGACGUUCACACUGCAUCCUGGGAAGGUGACAGCAUUGGUGGGACCCAAUGGGUCCGGGAAGAGCACCGUGGCUGCCCUGCUGCAGAAUCUGUACCAGCCCACCGGGGGCCAGCUGCUGCUGGACGGCCAGCCCCUGGUCCAGUAUGACCACCACUACCUGCACCGCCAGGUGGCCGCAGUGGGACAAGAGCCACUGCUUUUUGGAAGAAGUUUUCGAGAAAAUAUUGCCUAUGGCCUGACCCGAGAUCCAACCAUGGAGGAAAUCACAGCUGUGGCCAUGAAGUCUGGAGCCCACGAUUUCAUCUCCAGACUCCCUCAGGGCUAUGACACAGAGGUGGGUGAGACUGGGAACCAGCUAUCAGGGGGUCAGCGACAGGCAGUGGCCUUGGCCCGAGCCUUGAUCCGGAAGCCUCGCCUGCUCAUCUUGGAUGAUGCUACCAGUGCCCUGGAUGCUGGUAACCAGCUACGGGUCCAGCAGCUCCUGUAUGAGAGCCCGGGGCGGGCUUCUCCAACGGUGCUGCUUAUCACCCAGCAGCUCAGCCUGGUGGAGCAGGCUCACCACAUCCUCUUUCUCAAAGAAGGUUCUGUCUGUGAGCAGGGCACCCAUCUGCAGCUCAUGGAGAGGAGUGGAGGGUGCUACCGGGCCAUGGUGGAGGCCCUUGCGGCUUCUUCAGACUGACAGGCUUCCGGAGCUGCCCACUGCGUGCGCUGCCCUCCUCCCUUGUUCUCUGCUCAGUGUGGGAGAACCUGGGAGCAAAGGUAGCACCACACUCAUUGACCAGGGAGUUGAGGCGCUGAUGCUCUUGCUACGAGAUAAAAUGUAACACCUAGGAGAUGGCCAGAAUUGACCAUGAAUUUUAUCCCCACCCCUGUCCCUUAGUUAGACUGGGUUUCAGGCACCUCAGGCUGGCCUUAAACUUGCGUCUAAGACCUUGAACUCCUGAUCCUCCUGCCUCCACUCUCCUGGUGCUGUCUGAUAUCAUCACAGCAUGCAUCAGCAAACUUGGUUUAUGUGGUGUUGGAACCUGUGAGAAGAAACGACCAAAAUGUACAGAGAGGAAGGACCAGCGGCUUGUAAUUAACCAGAGGCAUAGGCUGGCCUAUGGAUAACCCGUGGGCUCUUGAUAUUUAUAAUAA